AUGGCGCCCCAUAGCUCAUUUGACGAUGAUGAAGAUAUCGACUUCUCGGAUCUCCGAGAACAAUUUGAGGUACGACUUGACGAGGGACUUGAUGCUUUCGUCGUUGUCGAUGGAUGCCCCGUCGUUCCGGAAGAGAAUAGAGGCAAAUUGAUCAAGUUCUUGAGCAAGAAGUUGAGUGAGGUUGGAAAGAUAAAGGCCGACUCAGUUACCAUGCCUCUGAACGCCGAAACCAACAAAACUGAGGGGUACGCCUUUGUUGAGUACGAGACUCCCGAACAGGCCCUUGCUGCUUGCAAGCAGUUGAGCGGUAUACCACUCGAUAGAAAACACACCAUCGCUAUCAAUAAGCUUACGGACAUCGAACACUUUGGUCGGGAGGGGCGGAUCAAGGAAGAAUAUGUGGAGCCUGAGAUAGAACCCUAUGUUGAACGGGAACAUUUCCGUUCUUGGUUGAGCGAGCCUAAUGCCCGUGAUCAGUUUGUGAUGUACCGUGGUGAGAGCGUGGGCGUGUUUUGGAACAGGAAGAAGGACCAACCAGAACCAGUCGUUGAUAGACAACACUGGACCGAGUCAUUUGUACAGUGGUCUCCCCAAGGAACUUAUCUUACCUCCGUCCACGCACAGGGUGUUCAACUUUGGGGUGGUCCAAGCUGGAAACGUGUUAUGCGAUUCGCCCAUCCUGCUGCCAAUUUGGUCGAUUUCUCACCAAACGAAAAUUAUAUUGUCACCUGGUCGAACAGACCAAUCUCAAUCCCCGAAAAUCCUCCCCCAGGUUUUCCUCUCAGUGCAGAUGAGGAUGGCAAGAAUUUUAUUGUCUGGGAUAUCAAGACUGGUAAUCUUUUGCGAUCAUUCACAUCUCUUGAGGCUGCGAACGACGCGGACGAGGGUGUCAAGGCUUUGGGACGCAAGAAGAUUAACUGGCCUGUUUUCAAAUGGUCAUCGGACGACAAGUACGUCGCCCGUGUCCUUCCCGGACAAGCCAUUCAGAUCUAUGAAACACCUAGCAUGAUGCUUCUCGGAAAGAAGGCGGUCAAGGUUGAGGGUGUCGUCGAUUUCGAGUGGUCUCCUUCAAUUCCGGAAGGAAAGGGCAAAUCCAAGCCUGAACAGAUGCUCACAUAUUGGACCCCGGAAAUGAAUAACCAAACUGCCCGUGUUACUCUUAUGAACAUUCCUUCACAAACUAUCGUUCGUACACGAAAUUUGGUUAAUGUGUCGGAUUGCAAGCUUCAUUGGCAGUCAGAGGGUAAAUACCUCUGUGUUAAGGUUGAUAGGCACACCAAGACCAAGAAGUCAACAUUCACUUCCCUCGAAUUCUUCCGUGUGAAGGAAAAGAACAUCCCCGUCGAAAUUGUCGAACUCAAGCAGACAGUGAUCAACUUUGCAUGGGAACCCAAGGGCGACCGUUUCGUUUUCAUUACCACCGAUGAGGCCGUCCAAGGCGCCACUGUCGCUCCCAAGACGAACAUUGCUUUCUAUGCCCCCGAGAAAAUCAAGAACGGCGUCGGCGAGUUCUGCCUUGUGAAAACCGUUGAAAAGAAGAAUUCUAACGCCAUUUACUGGUCUCCCAAGGGUCGUUUUGUGCUGAUCGCCACCGUCCACUCACAGCAGAGCUUCGACCUCGAAUUCUGGGACUGCGAAUUUGAAGGUGAAAAGCAGAAGCCAGAGACCAAGAACAAGGAGGUGGCUGCAAACCUCAUGCUCAUGGGCGCCUCUGAGCACUACGGUGUGACCGACGUUGAAUGGGACCCCACUGGACGAUAUGUCGCUACCAGCGUGAGCAUGUGGAGGCAUACCAUGGAAAACGGCUACCAUCUCUGGGAUUUCAAGGGAACCCUUCUCCGCGAAGAGCACAUUGACCGCUUCAAGCAGCUCCUCUGGCGUCCCCGCCCACCUACAAUGCUCUCCAAGGAGGAGCAAAAGACUAUCCGCAAGAACCUCCGUGAAUACUCACGCCAGUUCGACGAGGAGGACACCUUCGAGGCCGAGACCGCCAACCGCGAGGUUGUCGAGGCACGGAAGAGGCAGCUCGACGAAUGGCGCGCAUGGAGAGAGCGGGUCGAGAAGGACCUCAAGGCCCAGCGUGUCGAGCUCGGACUGCCAGAGGACCCCAACGCGGCCCAGAGGAAGAAGGAUGAGGCGGAGGACACCGUUAUCGAGGAGAUUGUGGAGGAGGUCAUAAGUGAGCACGAGGAGGAGAUUGUGUAA